AUGACGCGCAGAAUUACCGGAAGGGGUAACGCAGCGGCGACACAAGUUCGUCGUGAAACUCUCAUGGACGCUGUUGGGGAACAUGGGGACGAUGGACGUUGGGGACCAUCAGUCAACACACCGAGGAGAUAUGUCAGCUGUAGGCUUGCGUACCAGCGUGCCCAUAACGCCCGUACGCCCAGCCAGCCCAGCCAGGCGAGCGAGACCGGCUCGCCGCAGUCGCCACACGCCGAUUCGCAUGCAUCUCCUACGCUGGACACUCUGCACUCACUCCACAUCAACCACCUCCAAACGUCACUAUCCCGCGAUCGCACUAUCCACAAUCCGCCGCCGCUCCCACAGUAUCAACCCACAUCAUCAUCUACCGCCGGCCGAUCUCGUACACUUGCACGCCCAGCCGACGACCCUCCGACUGCACAGCACCCGCUUCCAGCGUGCUUGCAAACCACUCCAUCCACCACCACCUUACCGGCUAACGGUAAAUUAAUCUCGAGCCUUUCCCCCUUCCCACCCGCCCCUCCUGUCUUCUACUCCUUCAAGGACAACCAGACCCUUGUCGAUUCGCUUGCCAACUUCGUCAUCAAGGCGCAGCGCGACGCCGUCGACAAGCGAGGCAAGUUCACUCUUGCGCUCUCGGGUGGUUCGCUCGCUGCCAACCUCCGAGGACUUGCGGACCAGGAGAACGUGCAGUGGGACAAGUGGGAGAUCUUCUUCUGCGAUGAGCGUGCCGUGCCGCUCGACUCGGAAGACUCAAAUUACCACUCCAACUGGGUCUCGUUCCUCCAGCACGUCCCCAUCCCCAAGAACCAGAUUCACACGAUCAACCCGGAGCACCUCGAUGACCUUGAGGAGCUUGCCGACGACUACGAGAAGCAGCUCGUGCACCACUUUGCUGCGUCAAAUGCCGCCCGCUACCCUACCUUUGACCUGAUGCUGCUCGGAAUGGGAGUAGAGGGCGAGACGUGCUCGCUGUUCGCCGGACACGAGGUUCUCUCCGAGCGUGACGCGUGGGUGACUAGCUUGGACGACGCCCCGAACGGACCCAAGCGUAGGAUCACCAUGACUAUCCCUGUUCUCACGCACUGCUACCGUGCCGUGUUUGUCGUGUCUGGACCCGAGAAGGCGGAGCUGCUGCACACUGUUCUCGACAAGCCGGAGACCGGACUCCCGUGCUCCCGUAUCCGCCCGGCAGCCCCUGGGCUCGUGUUCUGGUUCGCCGACGCCGACGCCGCCAAGGACACCAAGUACCCUCCCACGACCUUCAAGUGGAUCGACAACCAGAAGGAGGCCGAGGAGGCUGUCGCCGCCGCGAAGAGGCGGGCGGAGCAGCGGGCGAAGCAGGCCGCCGAGGAGAACUAG